GUUUUAUUGCAGGAGACACCAACAAAUGGAACACAAACUAACUUAAGCCUACACGAGGCUGGUGACACCUGAAAGAGGGGAAAGUGGAGAAGCUGUGCUCUGUGCUUUCUGUCUGACCUGUUGGGAGUACAUUUUGGAGCAUGUUUGCUACUUAGCAGGGAACUGAAAUUCAGGCACAAGAGGUUGUAAACGUAAAGAGUGAAUAUGGGUGAAAAGAAGCCAGAACCUUUGGACUUUGUAAAAGAUUUUCAGGAAUAUCUUACACAGCAGACUCACCAUGUAAAUAUGAUUUCUGGAUCAGUUAGUGGAGACAAGGAAGCAGAGACUCUUCAGGGAGCUGGGACAGAAGGUGAUCAGAAUGGUCUGGAUCAUCCUUCUGUUGAAGUUUCACUGGAUGAAAACUCAGGAAUGUUAGUGGAUGGGUUUGAAAGGACAUUUGAUGGAAAGUUAAAGUGUCGAUACUGCAACUAUGCCAGCAAAGGAACAGCACGGCUCAUAGAGCAUAUCAGAAUUCAUACAGGUGAGAAGCCGCACAGAUGCCAUUUGUGUCCCUUUGCAUCAGCUUACGAACGUCAUCUGGAAGCUCACAUGCGAUCGCAUACUGGUGAAAAACCAUACAAAUGUGAAUUGUGUUCCUUUCGCUGCAGUGACAGAAGCAACUUAUCUCACCACCGCAGGCGCAAACAUAAAAUGGUGCCUAUCAAGGGUACAAGGUCUUCCCUAAGCAGCAAGAAAAUGUGGGGGGUUUUGCAGAAGAAGACCAGCAAUUUGGGGUACAGCAGAAGAGCAUUAAUUAAUUUGAGUCCACCUUCCAUGGUGGUUCAGAAACCAGACUACCUUAAUGAUUUCACUCAUGAAAUCCCAAAUAUCCAGACUGAAGCGUAUGAGACCAUGACAAAAACAACCCAGAGCAGUGGGUUGCCAAGAGAUCCACAAGACCUCAUGGUAGAUAAUCCUUUAAACCAGCUCUCUACGUUAGCUGGACAGUUAUCUAGCUUGCCACCCGAAAACCAAAAUCCAGCCUCUCCUGACGUUGUUUCCUGUCAAGAUGAAAAGCCUUUCAUGAUACAGCAGCCUGCUGCACCUGCAGUAGUUUCGGCUGUGUCAGCAAAUAUUCCUCAGAGUUCAUCUCCAACCAGCCCAGAUCCUCGGCCUACACACAAUCAAAGGAACUAUAGUCCCGUAGCAGGUCCCAGCAGCGAUCGCAGUGCCCACACCAGUACUCCCAGCAUAAGCAACAGUCAACCAAGUACUCCAGCUCCAACCCUUCCGGUUCAGGACCCUCAGCUUCUGCAUCACUGCCAACACUGUGACAUGUACUUUGCGGACAAUAUCCUUUAUACUAUUCACAUGGGAUGUCAUGGAUUUGAAAAUCCUUUUCAGUGCAACAUAUGUGGGUGUAAGUGUAAAAAUAAGUAUGACUUUGCUUGCCAUUUUGCAAGAGGCCAACAUAGUCAACAUUGACUGAGAACAUGCUUUCAUUUAGUUUUUUAACAUAUUACAGUAUAUUUUUCAUACUUGCUGAAGGAAAGCUUGCACAUUCCCGUAAGGAAUCUUCACGUUAAUCAAUUCGACAAAGGAGGCAAAUUUAUUUCUUUGUUGUCGUAAAACUUGCCAGGGAAAUUUUGUAUAAGAUGUGGUUGAUAUUUUAUAUGUAGCCUUUCAAAAAAGCUGAGCGAGUGCUAUAAGAAUUGGAAUGCGUUUACAUGUUUUGGUUGCUAAAUUUAAGUUGCUUGCACUUAAUCCCAAUAAACAGUCUACAAAUGUAGAAGCAGAGCGUGUGUCCUGAAACAUAGGAUGCAAUUAUCAUACUAUUUACUAGGCAAGACAAAAUAUAUUAACCAUAAAAUACGAAAGGUUAAUGCAGUGAUACAUACGGUUACUUUGGAGACAGACAUACCCUUAAAGAUGUAGCUACUCGAAACUGGGAAAACAAACAGAAGCAACUUUCAUGUACAAAUUCAAUUUGAUGUAAAACUUGCUUUACUCUGAUGAAGGUUAAUAAUAAGUUUUUGCUUAGUAUAGUCUAAACUCUUCAUGCUCGGGCUCAAACACUAAUUUAACUAUUAUUUUUAAAACUCGUCACAAAACUAGAAGAUAACAGGUUAUUGUGAAUGAAACUCUGGUAGAAAAAAGGAGAGUUAAAAGCUUGUCAUUCACUAGUUAUACAAAGGAAAAAUGAAACCUGACACCUUAUUUUAAACUACACUUACCAAAUUUUACAUGUCGUCCUUUUUAAAAGGAGGUAAUUUUUAAACAGUCAUAAUAAGGAGCUUGUAGAACUAAUAUAUAUUCCGUGAGAUUUUUAACUGCCUUAAACUAAUUUGUACAGAUAUUUAAAAUUUGCACAAUUAGACUUCUGUCUUGCUGAUAGAAGUUCUAAUAGAAACAAACAAGAGGUUUACAAAUUAAAAAUCAUUUGUUCAGUUUUAUCUUGGGCCAAGCUACAACUGAUAGGUUGCCUGUAUGUUUGAAAGUUGUGUAAUCUAGUUUAUUGUAAACUUCAGCUAACUUAGAAGUCAGUUUGUCUUGUCCUCUCCCCCAGAUUUGUUGUCCUUUUGGUGUGCUAGAAAUAGGGGGAAGGGCUUCUGGGUUUUCUGAACUGUUCAUGUAGUAGGCAAAGGAAUACUGGCUGACAACAUUUGAAGUCAUUGUGGUUAAUAUUGUAGGUGGCAAAUGGUAACUGAAGAUGUACAUGAAGUCCAUUGCACAUGUUUAUUUUUUUUAUAUCGUACAUCUUACUUUAGAAGCACCUAGGCUAACGGACAGGCACUUUAAUAUAAACCUAAAUAAAACAUCCUAGCAAAAUUGAUAAAAGCUCUUAAUGUGCUACACAGGAAUUUGUACUGUUUCAAAAAAGCGAAGAACUGUUACUUUUCCCAUAUUUAGACAUGCACUUUUACCUUAGUUUGUCUUACUUGAGACAAAUUAAAGCUUCCCUUAUAUAUUCCCCUUUUAUUAUCAGCAAAAUAUGGCAGCAAAUAUGUUUUGUUAAUAAAAUCUUCCUGCUUUUAAUGUUCUGCAAGUCAGAGGUUGGAAUCUGAAUAGCAAAUGUUUGGCUUAUUCAAAUUUAUGUUGUUACGGGAGCUAAAGCUUCCUGAAGCCAGUGGAAAAACUUACAAUGACUGCAGUGUAAGAUCAACGCAGGAGAAACCAGCCUUCUGAGAACUGUAGCUUAAGAAGUAAUUUUGACUUUAAUGAAUUAGCAAUCUGGGAACCAAAUAUGUUUCACACUACCUAACUUACCUACUGUUGAAUUUUCCGUGCCUAAGUAACCAGUUGAAGGAACUGGCUGCACAUAGUCUUGUGGUAAUGAGGUCAAAAAUACGACAUUGAAGUAUUUCCAAUGUAAUGAAGAUGAAUGAUAACACACUAUCAUUCCUAAAAAUGUUUUUGGUUUCAGGCCUGGUUCAAAAUCCAUUUCGGUGGGUUUGUAAAACAGAAUGUAAUUUUCAUUUUUCAUAAUGACACUCUUUGUAAUUCCAAAAUAUCUCUUUUUUGUAAGCAAAACAGCAACUCCCUAUGCAUAAACAUACAGAGUCCUUUAUUUUAAGGACUAAAAGUUGAAUGAACUAGAAUCCAGUUGGAAGUUACUGUUCCUGUACAGGUCUUGUAACAUGACGCUUCCAGUCAAAGAAUAACGUAGAAAUUAUAGCUCUCUUUUGAUCACAUAUUGACAUGUUCUAAAAUCUAAAUGCGGCUAAAAUACGGUAUUAGAACUACAAACGUUACUGUUAAAGACCAUUACAAUUAGUAACUUACAGAGGUCGUUUUCCUUGCCUUUUGAUAGCUGAUGUAAGUUCCUAGGCUCUUGCAACUCCAAGGAAACUUCUGAAAUGGUGGUGCUCCAAGGAGCACAUUCCAAUACUGAAUGAUGCAGAUCACAACAGCCAAGUUCUCCUUGGUUUGUGGCUCCAGCCUUUCUCCCUCUUGGGAGAUGAACUCCAAUGUGCACAGAUGUUUGAGAUUUCAUCCUUCCAUUCCAUUUACGUGGUUUCUGAUCCAUUAGGACUUUCAUUGGCAGUGCCUGUAAACAUUAUAGACUUUUCUGUUUGUGUAGGCUCAUGAUUUGGCGAUGUAGAAAAAUGACUUCUGAACCAUGAUGUCCCCGAACGAAAUUUUAGAUAGGAGAAUAUUUAGGUCACUAAUAGAGGUAGCUGGUAGCAAGAAGAAGCCUGCAUGAUCUUGCUGAAAAGGGGCCCUCAUUUAGGAGGGGAUCCUCUGUGCAGGGGAACGUAUGUUCUUAAUAAUAGAACUCGGUAUGAAAAAAAAUCUAACCCCAAACCUUGCAAAUUGUUGUUCAGAAGUAUUUUAAUACUGCUGACUUAAUAUCAUUGUUUCUGUUUCGAAGUACCUAAGGAAAUUAGCUUGAACAUCUAUGAACCGUUGAACAAUGAUAAAAACACUUUUCCUUCUUUCCUUGUGCAAGCUUCUGUUUGCAGGGGGGAUUCUUAGGCGGCAGCAGGCUUUGGUGUUCACCCCUUGAUUCUGCAACGGGAUCUGUGGGGUGGGUCCAUGCUGACGUCCUAGGCCUUCACAGAGGGUCACCCUCUGGACUAGGAUUCUUAAUUCUUUAACAUAAUACUGUGUGUUCAGUUGUGCCAAACGGUACCCUGACUGUAUCUGUUUCCUUCUGUCUAUUGAGUAGGUUUGGAAGGUGUAUUUUCAUAUUAGUUUUUCAUAAUUUUGUACAUACUAUUUACUAUAAUUUAAAGACCAGAGUUAGUACUGGAAAAUUGUUUUAGAGUAUGAUCCUGACGAUUCCCUUGCACAAGCAGGCCUUUCUCAGAGUCAGUGAGGGAUACUUGUCAGGAAUUGUGGGAUCGAGUCCUCGGUUAGUUGUUUUCAUAUUGAGUUCUCCAUGUGCUACACUGCACUGACUUUUUUUUUUUUUUUGAAAACCAAAUCCUUAUAUUAUAAGGUGGUGAUUAGCAUUUUAACUUGUAUUAACAGGGAAGUUUGGGAAUGCGCUGAAAUUUUUCCAUAGCUUGACUCUGUUAAGUUCUGUAAUUGCAAAACAUUAACUUUGUGGGUUUUUUGUUUUUAUUGUAAUAGAUUAUUUUAUAGAUUUGUUGACAUUUUCAACAUGCACUAUUUAUAGUACUCUUAAUACAGACUUAUUAUUUUGAGACUGAAUAUUCCAAUGAACAUGCAAAUACUAGACUGAAGAUCUUGGUAGAUUAUCUCAAUACUUAAACCAACUGUGAAGCAGCUAAUGGGGAAAAAUAGUUGUUUUUUUCACAGAUACAGUGUUCAGAUGAAGAGGAUUUUGACAUGAAAUGUUGACUGGCAUUUUAACAUAAAAAUCAGUACUGGAAGACACGUUCCAACAGUGUUUCCUAGCAAAA